AUGCAGGAAUUGCUACUGUCGCUGACAUACCUAGUGAUGAUUAAGAAGUUUACCAAGAAGAUUACGAGAUGGGUGAUCGAUGAAGAAGUAGAGGCACGUGAUGUGAAUAAUGAGAGAGUACAUAAAAAUAGCGGAAAGAAUAAAAAAGAUGAUGACGUCAAGCGAAAAGUUGUGUCUCGAGGAGACGAUAGAAGGGACAAGAUUUGUCAAAGAAUUAGGAAAAAGUUGAGAAAGUUUAGUAAGAAGAAUAGUAAAGCUAGUGAACGAAACAGUAACACACAUAAAGAUAAUAGUCAUGAUGGUUUGAAAGACUUGGGUGAAAGCAUUACUCCGUCGCUACCCACCGAAUGUCUUCAUGAAAUAUUCUAUUACAUCCAACAUGAUCUUCGCACUCUCAACUCAUGCUUACAGGUCUCCAAGUUGUGGUGCUACGUUGCAAUUUCUAUCUUUUGGUGCAAACCUUUUCGCUCCUCACGAUGUUCAUCGCAAAUAGUGGAUACUUUUUUGAAGUGCUUGAACAAGCACGAAAAACUUAAUUUAGAAUACGGUGGAAUAUAUUUGGGGGAAUGUAAAUCUUGGAAGACGAUGUUCCAAUAUGCCGACUUUUUGGAUGAGAUUAGCAUGCAGGGACUGUAUACGGCCGUCAGUGCCUGGAUUGAGAGGACUCAGGAAACCACGAAUAAAUUAAAGAUAGCGAACGGGCAACAUCUGAUCUGCCGUGCAUUGUGCCGCCUCUUUAUAACCCGCUGUCGAUUCAUCCACUCUCUGUCUCUUGAUUUCUCAUUCUCUGCAAAGUUCAGGUCCUAUCCAUACUUUCUCUACCAUUCCGACGCCUCCAAGUUCCUCUCAAACCUUCGAGACCUUACCAUAUCUAACAUAUCCUCCCGUGAUCUCUUCUCUGACAUUGGCAGAUACUGCAAGAACCUAAAAAAGCUUGAAAUUAUAGACUACACUUUUAGCAAUCUUCCGGGAAAACGACAUGAUUCCGCGAGAGAGCUGAUCAAAUCUCAAGUAGGACUGCAGCAUUGUAAGAUAUUUGGGUAUGGCGAGAGUGUUGUGAAACCAAUAACAGGAUUAAAAAGUCAAGCAAAGACACUG